CUUGUUGCAACCUUACGAUGCUUGACUUGACGGUCAACUUUAAUUACCAAUUUUCCACAAUAGAUUUCGUGAUUUAAAACAUCAGGGUUUGAGAUGACGUCUUUCAAGCAAUUUUUAGAUCAGUCACGCUGUCAAGGGUCAUGGCUGUCGUCGACUUGUUCGUCCGUUGCGCUUCUUUUCGAAGAGUUGGACGCCUAAGGUCCAAAUGUGAUAUGGGUACAAUGCUUUAUACUGUUGGAGGUGUUUCUUGUCGAGCGAGGGACUCCGCAUUCUUUCUUUAGGGUCCAUGUUGUGACACAUGUCCUCGGCCGGACACUCGAACUCACCUCGUUCAUCGUCAGCACAGCAGGGUGAGAUUUAGGGAGCCUAUGAUGAUUGCAAUAAGAUACGGGUUUAGGUUUUCGCACAUUCAUGAUUGAUCGGGUCGGCUGCCUAGCCGGACUUUCCGCCCUAGGAUUGAUUUUGUACUGCAUGAUUUCCUCGAUCUCCUUCCUUAAGACCUACAUGCACUCGGACUCCCUCGCCUCCAGAAUUCUCAAUUUUCACCGGCUUUCUUUAAAGUACCCUGAAACCACAGCUCGUACAGUGUGUAACACAAGAUCUCCAGACGAAAGAGGCUCGUGGCUGUUGGUUUCCUUGUCGCCUUUUUCAGCCAUGGGAUAUGCAUCUUGUUGCCAUCGGUCCAGGCGGCUUUCCCAAUUUCGGCGCAAACCUAGACUGGUAGAUUCUGGAGCAUGCAGGAGUGGUAUGGGCUACAGGUGACGAGAAGUACAGUACAGCAUCGGAAUCAGCUUAAAUUCUUCGAAUCAGUACUCGGAGUGUCUUAUUAAAAUUAGGCACGUUAAACAUGAUGCUCUCUUAAACGCCAUAUCCUCUUUUCGCUCGCAGUGCUGGCUGCCAUCAAAACUCAGAGACAGCGUGAAAAUCAAACACGAGUAUCACCAAUUUCAUGAGCACGUAAUUCCGCCUCCCUUCUCUUCCCACUUAUGAACACAUGACGGAUUUGGGAAAACACUGUAGGUACACGACUCGCUGUGCAAGCGAAACUGGACUUGCACCAAAGUCUUAGCGAAUGGCGAGUCAAGGAUGUACGGCAUUGAGUAGUCAGACCUACCGAACGAGCCCAUCAUUUUCAUCGAGUGGGAUAGCCGUCCUGGCCGAUUACAGUGGCAGCCUUUGAACGGCUGAGCUGACCUGAAGGGACGUGAGGGACUCUCAAGUCCUACAGUCUCUAGCCCUCGAGAAUAUGCGGCACUCGUCUUUAGAACAAUGUGCGAAGUGCUUCCGGUGUCGGAAUCGAGAUCUCUAAAAAUCGGAUAUCGCUAAAAAUCGGUUGUCUUUUCUCUGUUAGGAAUGACUGGAUGAGAAUUUGGAAGGUGCCUUGGAGCAUUUCGAUGAUCCAAUCUAGACAGGAAACGAAUGAUUCAACUAAAUAAAUAUCUUCUUGGUAUUGGUUUGCUGCACACUUCUCACAGCGUCCAGAAGGCCUCUUCUUGUGGAGGCUGCCAGAUUCAUGUUCAUAGCCGUCGGUCCUCCUCUUAAAGUAGU